AUGAUGUUGACCUACACUUUCUGUGUGCUUCUCGCACCAGUCAUCGUAUACGGCGCUGCGUUUCCAUGGGCAUUGCCAGUGCCUACCCUAUUUGCGCCUGCAAUUGACAGCUGGAGCCCGGCACCAACUGCGGCAGCUCGACUACCAAACUCUGAGGUUUUCAGACGCGAUACACCCCAGGGUGAUAAUACCUGCGCCUUCGUUUCGGGCUCUUUACUAACAUGUUCCAACUCAAACCUCGUUUGCGCCACAAUCCCCCAGAACGGCGUCCAGGGCUGCUGUGACCAAGCAUCCUUAAAGGCAUGCGUGAUCCCAACAGCAUGCAUCGCCAGCACCGCCAUGUCUUCUCUCUGCACCGACGCAGCAUGUUCCAGCAACUCCAGCAUCAUGAAGUGCACAGAAGCCGCCAUGCCAGAGUGCUACAAGUGGCUGGUCGUCUUCGACAAAACCUACAGCCUCACAACAAUGACGCACCACAGUUGCGCACAGAAAGGCUUCACAAGUGCGGUGAUGAGAUCCCCAGGUCAAAUUGCGAGUUCCAUUCCCCCGGAGCAGUAUCGCACUGUGACUGUGACGGAUAUGGCUGCGCCAUCCGACACCGUAAUUCCUCUAGCACCUGUUCCCGGCCCCGCGAAACCCAACCUAGCCGCGAUCAUUGGAGGGACUGUAGGUGGGUGUACGGUCAUCAGUCUCAUCGUCCUCACUAUCUUCCUUAUCCGUAGGCAUCGCAAGGCUGCUCACAACGAUAUCGCUCAACCACACACAACUCAAUACCACGACGGCAACGGCACAGUAAUCGAAUACAAUCCCCAAAGCUUUCCCUCUCCAACAUACCCCAUCGACACGAAAACAUGGGUUCAACAACAUUCCGGUCCUGUCGAUCGGGUCAGCGAUGCGAUGCCACAGUAUCCCAAUAUGGCGGCUGGACAGUAUGGGAUUGUAGAAGUCGAUGGAACACAAAGGGCGGUGGAAGUACCCGCCGAGAAUAUUUACCGUGCAAGAGCGAGCACGUGA